AUGAACCGCGUCCUCGCUUGCUUUCGGUGCUGCCGACGAAGGCCGCCGCCGCCAGACGGAGAGCUCUGCACAAUCCUUCGCAGCGACAUUGCAGCGGACUACGAUCUCCUCGACACCAUCGGCCAGGGCAAAACGUGUGUUGUGGUGCGCGCCAAAGCCAAAGCAACCGGCCAUGUCGUUGCAGUCAAGCGGGUUGCCACAGAGUACUUGAGCACGCCGAGCCGCGUCGAUGCACUCUCAACCGAGCUGCGAGUGCUCUCAUCUGUGCGCGGGCACCCGCACAUGCUGUCGCUGGUCGCCGUGUACCAGGACGACGCGUUCGUCUCGAUCGUCACCGAGUACAUUCCGGCAGGUCACGUCUUUGAUGUCUUCCAAGAGCAGUCGAGCGUCACGGAGCACACGAUCCGGUGCAUUGUGCGCGAGGUCGUGGACGUGCUUGUCGAGCUGCACAAGAAGGGCAUCACCCAUCGCGACAUCAAGCCCGAGAACAUCCUCCUCGACGCAGCGGGCCACGUGCGCGUCAUCGACUUUGGCAUCGCGCACACCGACAAGAACAUGACGGGGCUCAACGGCACGGGACCGUUCCUCGCGCCCGAGGUGUUUUCGUCCACGUACUCGAGCAAAGUCGACAUUUGGGCGCUGGGCGUCACAACGUUCGUGCUCCUCACGGGCCACUUUCCGUUCGAAGCGCCCUUUAUGUCGCAGAUGGAAGACAUGAUCCGCCUCGGGCAGUACAGCCUCCCGUCCGGCGCCCAGCUCUCGAUGCACGCGCAGUCGUUCGUUGCGACCUGUCUUCUCACCGACGCCGCCAAGCGGCCCUCGGCCAAGGCCCUCUUGUCGCACCCAUGGCUCAACCUCAAUACGACGCUCGUCGAGUACUCGACGCCGUUGCCACAGCUGCCGUGCCUCCACGCGUACAGCACCCACGGACGGUGUCGACACCAGCUCACGCGGUGA